CCUAAACACACACGCUCUCUCAUCCAUUCAUGGCUCCACAUCUCCUCCUUGUCCUGCACAUCCUUUUCUUCCUCGCUGGACUUUCAGAUAUACAGAGUGUGUCCACAGUGAGACAUGUGUCUGUAAAGCAAGGAGGCUCCAUCACCAUCCCAUGUCUCUAUGAUCUGAGAUAUAGAAACAGUGUGAAGUACUGGUGUGCGGGAUCUAGUAUCCUUGGUUGCUCUUCUGUAGUACGCACUGACCAUCCUAAGACCAGUGGAAAGACCUCAAUCUCUGAUGACAUCAACCAGCGAGUCUUCACUGUGACCAUGACAAGUCUUAGUUCUAGUGAUUCUGAUUAUUACUGGUGUAUUGUGGAGAGGAAGAACAAGGCAGGUGAUGGGGAUAGACUGCAGAUAUCUGUUACUCCAGAUAUUCCAGGACUGUAUGUGGAUCAACAAGAAGUGACUGGAGUUGUAGGACAGAAUGUCACUGUGCAAUGUUACUAUAGUGAAGCUGGAGCCAGAGGGAGGUGGUACAGGAUGGGUGGGAAAUGUCUGCUGAAUUCUGGAACUCUAGAUGGAACAUCAGUGACAUUACACCAGCAGACCAAUAUUGUCACCAAUGGCAAUGUUUUAACGGUGACUAUGAGUGCACUGAGGAUGGUGGACACUGGCUGGUACAGGUGUGCAAAUGGAUACUAUCAGAUGCCUGUUCAUAUCACUGUCAAUCAGCAAACCACAAAGCAAAAUACUACCACCUUCAGUAAGUACUGGUACACAGAGUGCAUCCACAAACAGACCAUCAUCCACUCAUGGUUCCUCAUCACCUCCUUGUCCUGGACAUCCUUUUCUUCCUCACUAGAUUCUCAAGGAUUGCGGACACACCAGUACUCCCACACAAACAUAAAUACUACCAGAGACGUUCUCUCUCAUCCAUUCAUGGCUCCACAUCUCCUCCUUGUCCUGCGCAUCCUUUUCUUCCUCACUGGAGUCUCAGAUACACAGAGUGUGUCCACAGUGAGUCAUGUGUCUGUAAAGCAAGGAGGCUCCAUCACCAUCCCAUGUCUCCAUAAUCAGAGCUAUAGAAACCAUGUGAAAUACUGGUGUAGGGGAUAUAAUUGGUUUGGUUGCUCUACUGUAGUACGCACUGACUAUCCUAAGACCAGUGGAAAGACCUCCAUCUCUGAUGACAUCAACCAGCGAGUCUUCACUGUGACCAUGACACGUCUUAGUCCUAGUGAUUCUGAUUAUUACUGGUGUAUUGUGGAGAGGAAGAGCAAGGCAGAUGAUGGGGUUAGACUGCAGAUAUCUGUUACUCCAGGUACUCCAGAACUCUACGUGGACCAACAACAGAUGACUGGAGUUGUAGGAGGGAGUGUCACUGUGCUCUGUUACUAUAGUUCACAAGGAAGUACAGGGGGGUGGUGCAGGAUGGGAGGCUCUCGUGUGGCUGUGGGACAUUCUAGGGUUUUAGAUGGAACAUUUGUGAAGUUAGUGCAGGAGGAGAGCCGAACCACCAACGGUUAUGUCUUAAUGGUGACUAUGAGUGGAUUGAUGAUGGAGAACACUGGCUGGUACUGGUGCGAAAAGGGAGACAUACAGAUGCCUGUUCAUAUCACUGUCAAUCAACCAACCACAACACAGAGCACCACCACAACAACACAAGCUUCAUCCACUCACCAAGCGUCACUAACCAGUGCUGAGUCUAACACUUCUCCGCCCACAGUAUCCCCUUCUGUUACAAACAGGGACAAUGUUGUAACUAACGAGAACACAGAUGAGAAGCACCAGAGUUGGCUGGAAUUCCUUUUCAUUCCUCUGAGCCUGUUGGUGGUGUUGAUAGCUGUUACCUUGGUCACAUUGAAGAUGUUGAGAAAACAUAAGGACAAGAAAGCAAAGGACCAACCAGCAAACACCACAGUACAGUCUUCUGACUCUGAGCAGAACAUUACCUACAGCACUGUGAGUCACACCAGAGGAACAGCACAACAGGACCCAUUACCUGAUGAUGCAGUGACAUACAGCACCGUGGUCACCAAGAACAAGGUCCAACCAAAUAUUCCAUUACCUGAUGAUGCAGUGACAUACAGCACUGUGGUCACCAAGAACAAGACCCAACCAAAUGCAGCAGAACCAGAUGAUGUGGUCUACAGCACAGUGGCCCAACACCAGAGAUAGCAGGGAGUAGCAGCAGAGCAGUGACAGAAUUAAAUCCUUGGUCACAAAGAACCAGACAAGCUUUAUGGGGGAAAAUACUGGAGGAUCUCAGUGUACUAAGGCAUCAGAAGAAAUGUGUCCAGAUUGACAGUAAAACACAUGUUAUUUUAUUUGUCACCCCCUGCCCCAACCCUUUCUCAUUAUUAUUUAUUGUUUACGUUUCCUUUUUAAAGGAUGAAUCAAAAUGUAUGUAAGGGGACAGCCGAAUAACCCUUUUAGGUUUGAGAUGGCACAUCUUUUUCUAAGAGUGUAGGCUGACUGUCUUAAGUGGAAAGGUUGGCCAAACUUUUGAAAGUACCAUGCUCAGAUUCCUGAUUUAAUUAUUUGCAAACAGCGACAGUUUCGUUGCAAACAGGACAAACUGAUUUGGCAUUGGAGAAAUAUGAAACAUUUAAGGCUCUGGUCUGUACAGGAGGUGAGGAUAAACAGGAGACAUGUUCAACAAUCCACUUUGUUUUAAUGAUUUAUUUUGGGUAGAGGGGAGGGUCACUUGUUUUCUUUCUAGGGUUUAGGUCAAAUAUAUUUAGCUGAAGAGCAGGCCAUCCAAUUUCAUUUCAGAGAGGUCUGAUUUUCUCCAUGUAACUCUUAUUAUAAUUAACGUUCACUCCCUAACCUGUAUAUAUAUUAUAGACUGAACGUCUUGUAUUAAAUUGUCACAAUUAUGUCCAUGUGGACAUUUAACUAACGUGUGUUUCUUCAAUAAAAACAGAAUAAACCUGA